CGGCCGGCGAUCGACGCGGGAGGGGGCGGGGGCCGCGGGGCGGGGGGCGGCACUUCCGGUCGGGCCUUCGGGUCUCCCCGGAGCUGCGGCGCCUCCUCCGCCCGCCCGCCCCCGUCUGCCCCGGGCCCCGGCCCAGGGAGAGCCCCCCCUGCUGCCACCCAGCAAUGGGACAGAAGGGGAGAAGCUGAGAAGAGACUCGGGGAGGGCCUGAGCGGGGAAUGGAGCAGACUUGGGGUGAGACUGAGAGGAGAGGACUGCUCUCCCCGCUGCCCGCGAUGGAGGCGAACCCUGGCAGUGGCGGGGGUGGGAGCGGCGUGGGGGGCGAGGACGGCGUCCAUUUCCAGAGUUAUCCCUUUGACUUUCUGGAGUUCCUCAACCAUCAACGCUUCGAGCCCAUGGAGCUGUAUGGUGAGCACGCCAAGGCGGUGGCAGCCCUGCCCUGCCCACCAGGGCCCCCUCCCCAGGCCCCGCCACAGCCGCCACCCCCUCAGUAUGACUACCCUCCGCCACCGCCAGCCUUCAAGCCCAAAGCAGAGACGCCUUCUUCCUCAUCUUCUUCAUCAUCGUCCUCCUCCUCCUCGUCCUCCUCUUCUUCGUCAUCGUCCUCUACGAACCAGGCAAAGAAGCCCGAGCCGUCUCUGCCCCCCGGCUUUGGGGCACCUCCGCCUCCGCCGCUUUUCGAUGCUGCCUUCCCUGCCCCACAGUGGGGGAUCGUGGACCUCUCUGGGCACCAGCACCUUUUUGGAAAUCUCAAGCGGCCAGGGACAGCCGGUGGGCCUGGGGCCGGCCCGGCCACGCCGGGGCCCCUGCCUAGCCCCAGCCCCGGCCCCCCGGGAGCUCCUGUGUCCGGCGACCUGGGGGCUGCUGCCAAGGAUGACAAGGGCUAUUUCCGACGUCUGAAGUACCUGAUGGAGCGGCGCUUCCCCUGCGGGGUCUGCCAGAAAUCCUUCAAACAGUCUUCGCACCUGGUGCAGCACAUGCUGGUGCACUCUGGUGAGCGGCCCUAUGAGUGUGGCGUCUGCGGGCGCACCUACAACCACGUCUCUAGCCUCAUCCGCCACCGCCGCUGCCACAAGGACGCACCUCCGCUGCCCGGAGCCCCGCAGGCCCCGCCUCCUCCUCCGCCACCUCCACCGCUGCCCCCGCUGGCCCCUGCCUCCUCCGCUGGGGUGGAUGGUGGCACCCCGAGCCCUGGGCUGGCCCCGGUGGCCCCGGGCCCCGGGGGGGAGGGCCCCUUCACCUGCCCCCUCUGCUGGAAAGUUUUCAAGAAGCCCAGUCAUCUCCACCAGCAUCAGAUCAUCCACACUGGCGAGAAGCCCUUUUCCUGCACUGUCUGCAACAAGAGCUUUAACCGGCGGGAGAGCCUCAAGCGCCACGUGAAGACUCACUCUGCAGACCUGCUCCGGCUGCCCUGUGGCGUGUGUGGGAAGGCCUUCCGGGAUGCGGCCUACCUCCUCAAGCACCAGGCAGCCCAUGCGGCCUCUGGGGCCCCCGCACCCCGCCCUGAGUACCCCUGUGACCUGUGCGGCAAGUCCUACUCUGCCCCGCAGAGUCUGCUGCGCCACAAGGCAGCCCAUGGCCCCACGGUCGUGGCCCCGGAGGUCCCCAAGGAUGGAUCGGCCCCGGCCCCGCCACCCACCUUUCCCAGUGGGCCCUACCUCCUGCCCCCAGAGCCACCGGGUGAUGGUGGGGACAAAGCUGCAGCCGCAGCGGCUGCAGCUGUGGUCUACGGGGCUGUCUCAGUCCCACUCCUGGGGGCCCACCCGCUGCUGCUGGGUAGUGCGGGAGGCCCUACGGGAGGCGGGGGCAGUGGGGCUGUGGGGCCAGGGGCCCCGGUGCCAGGAAAAACCUUCUGCUGUGGAAUCUGCGGACGGGGCUUUGGGCGCCGCGAGACCCUGAAACGCCACGAGCGGAUCCACACAGGAGAAAAGCCCCACCAGUGCCCUGUGUGUGGCAAGCGCUUCCGAGAGUCUUUCCACCUGAGCAAGCACCAUGUGGUGCACACACGGGAACGGCCCUACAAGUGUGAGCUCUGUGGCAAGGUCUUUGGCUACCCACAGAGUCUCACACGCCACCGCCAGGUCCACCGGCUGCAGCUGCCCUGUGCCCUGGCUGCCCCUGCUGGCCUUGGCCCGGCCUCGGGCCCCGGUGCCAACCAGGCCUCGGCUGCCGCUGGGGCUGCUGCCCCCGAGGGCCUCAGCUACGCCUGCUCAGACUGUGGUGAGCAUUUCCCUGACCUCUUCCACGUCAUGAGCCACAAGGAAGCCCACAUGGCCGAGAAGCCCUAUGGCUGUGAUGCCUGCGGCAAGGCUUUUGGCUUCAUUGAGAACCUCAUGUGGCACAAGUUGGUCCACCAGGCGGCCCCGGAGCGCCUCCUGCCCCCACCGGCCCCCGAUGGGCCCGGCCCAGAUGCCUCGGCCACUGGCCUGGACAAUGGGCUGGCGGGAGAGGUGGGGGCAGCUGUGGCAGCCCUGGCAGCCGGGGCUGCAGGGGAAGAGGCAGGCACGGGGGCUGGGGCGGGAGCGGGGCCUGGCCCCGGGGGUCCUGAGCGCUUCAGUUGUGCCACCUGUGGCCAGAGCUUCAAGCACUUCCUGGGGCUGGUGACCCACAAAUACGUGCACCUGGUGCGGCGGACGCUGGGCUGCGGCCUGUGCGGCCAGAGCUUCGCCGGCGCCUAUGAUCUGCUCCUGCACCGCCGCAGCCAUCGGCAGAAGCGCGGGUUCCGCUGCCCCGUGUGUGGCAAGCGCUUCUGGGAGGCAGCUCUACUGAUGCGCCACCAGCGCUGCCACACGGAGCAGCGGCCCUACCGCUGUGGCGUCUGUGGGCGUGGCUUCCUUCGUUCCUGGUACCUGCGGCAGCACCGGGUGGUGCACACAGGUGAGCGCGCCUUUAAGUGCGCCGUGUGUGCCAAGCGCUUCGCCCAGUCUUCCAGUCUGGCCGAGCACCGCCGCCUGCAUGCUGUGGCCCGGCCCCAGCGCUGCGGUGCCUGUGGCAAGACCUUCCGCUACCGCUCCAACUUGCUGGAGCACCAGCGGCUGCACCUGGGCGAGCGUGCCUACCGCUGUGAGCACUGUGGCAAGGCCUUCUUCUACUUGAGCUCGGUGCUGCGGCACCAGCGGGCCCAUGAGCCCGCACGGCCCGAGCUGCGCUGCCCAGCAUGCCUCAAGGUCUUCAAGGACCCUGGCUACUUCCGCAAGCACCUGGCUGCCCACCAAGGCGGCAGACCCUUCCGCUGCUCAGCCUGCGGGGAGGGCUUCUCCAACACGUACGGCCUUAAGAAGCACCGUCUGGUCCACAAGGCCGAGAGGCUGGGGGCCGCCGCUGCUGGGGCCAAGGAGUCCUGAGGGCACAGGCUAGAGGCGGUCAGCACCCUGCCUCCUGCUGCCAAGCAUCACCAACGAGCUCGGAGGGGGGGGCUCUCCACCUGCCAACCCCCCCACCCUUCUCCCAAAGCCUGCUAGGGGGCUUCACUCCAUAGGGAUCUGGCCACUCCCAUUAUGAGGGAUGGACUUAAUCCUUCACCUCUCUCUCCCCUGCCUCCCCCACAUCCUGGGGACUCUAGGACCCCCCCUAACACCAGACUCCCUCUCCAUCUGACCCUUUGUAAUCCUUCCCCUCCCCUCCCCAUGCCCGAACCUGUAGGAAAUGAGGCUCAUUCCCACCCACCUUGAUCACCACCACCACCACCACCACCAUCUUGGAAUCUGGCUGGAAUAGGGGAGGGGGAGGUGGGUUGGGAGAGACAUGGGGUAGGGGGGCUGAUUGCCAU